AUUAUAGUAAACAGUCAAGUGCAUGCGGGCUAGUGCAUAGAUUGUGUAUGUGUUUCAACGGCACUUUAUGGCCUAUAAUUUUCGAGAAAAAAUUUCCAACAUAUUUUUACAUUCUCUGACAAAAAUUAAAUAAUAAAAUAAAAAACAAAUAUUUAAUUUUAUCUGUGUAUAAAUUUGGUCUGUAUUAAGGUGGUGCAAUUGACAUAUUUAUAUUAAAACUCAGUCAAUAUACUUGCUUAUUUUUCUACGGAGCACAACUUUUUUCUUCGAUUUUAAAAAGUCAAGAGCUCACAGAAUAAAAAGUAAUUUUAUAAGUUAGGAUAAUUUGCUUUCUUUGUAAAAAUAUUCUAUCUGCAUGGUUUUAUCGAACAGGUUUGAAAACUAUAAAUAGAUACAAAUUCAAUAAUUAUUCGCUUGGCGCAGAUAAAAAGUUUACGUAAGCAAUCUAAUGCGUAUUGCUCGAUAGAUUUGAAUCUUAAAAGAUAAUAUCUGGCAGAUUUUGGCUGGUAAUAAAAAAUACUAAAAUGGGUGCAAUGGUACUACCGAAACUUUAUUCCAAUAUUAACAUAUCGAAAGUAACGUCUAAGAAGUUAAUCGAAAAAUACGGACAUCUAAUAAAAUGGAGGAAGAAUGAAUCAAUAUUAGAAUUUGGCAUUGGGGAUGGCAGCAACUCUGAAAAUACCAUAAGGCCGAUACUUCCUAAGGAUUACAAAGAGUAUAUUGCAUCCGAUUUGUCAGUUUCUAUGUUGAGUCAUGUAAAAGAAAAUUAUUCGAUACCAAAAAGCCAAUUUAGAAAUUUCGAUAUUAGUGAUGAACCUCCCGAGGACUUCAAGGAUCGUUUUGAUCAUAUUUUUAGUUUGUUUACAUUACACAUGGUACCAAAUCCAAGUUUGGUUUUUAAAAAUAAUUUCACCAUGCUGAAAGAAGGAGGACAGAUGUUUCAUAUCUUUUUCGAAGAGAUGCCUUCUGAUCCAGUUUUCGAGUUGCUGCAUAAACAUCCAAAAUGGGGCAAAUACCGACAAAAUAGGAUGUUAUCCCCUUAUUUUAAGUUACCUAAUAGGCGACAGUUAUAUAAUAAUGACAUAAAAAAAGCAGGUUUUAAUGAUUAUGUAUUUGCGGUGGAAACAGAUAUGGCUUUCAUUUACGAAAACGAGCAAACUUUAACAGAUUUAGCCAUACGGCUCGCACUCCCUCUAAGGGGAAAAUUCACUCUUCCCAGAUACCUACGGUAUCAAAAGGAUUGA